AUGUGGAGUAUGUGUUAUUAACUAUAUUGUGAACAACGUUUUUUAAUUAUAGGUCAAUACAUAACUUACUUUAUAAUAAUAACAUGACGAUAGUUAUAUAUAUGUUAUUUAUAAAAUUUCUUUUUAGCUAAUAUUGCCAUGCGCACAGCGUAUUCGUACUUUACUGUAGCUGGUACUACAUGUGGCUUUUCAUUGAAUUUACUUUUGUUUUAUGUGAUACGAAAGACGAGGAACAAAACUCAAGCACACACCUUCAUGACAUAUGUUGUCGCGUUACAAGACUUGUUUUACACGUUCACUGAGCUCUUUAUACAACAUGUAAGUCAUAUAUACAGUAUGUGACAUGUAGGUUAAAUAUACAGUAUACAACUUGUAAGUUAAAUAUACUGUAUAUAUAUAACAUUGAACUUAUUCAAACACAUCACGACUUUAUCUUGCAGGAAAUCCACCUUCACGAUGGAUCAAUCUACUUCUACACCCACGGUAUAGAACAAUAUCUACCGGUUGGUUGUCGCCCCUUCAUCUUAACCGUACACAUGACAUUUGUCUUCCAAAGUAUGUUUGGCAUGGUUUGUAUCUUCUACUACCGCCAUAUCCUAUUAAGAGACCCAUCAACACCCUUAUUACUGUUUCUGAAGAUCGUGGCUACAGGAUUCUGUUUCUCGCUUCUGGCUGGAGUCACUUCCGCUGUAGCCUCUGUAUCAAGUGGAAAAGAGUUACCUAACAAUAUUAAUAAACAUCUAGUGUUCAGUAAUGGAUAUGUGGUUACUGACCUUCCUAUUUACUUCAUUUACGUGGUAUUUCAGUCUUAUUUUACAAAUUGAAUUUCAAAGUCAAAUUUUGUUUUUUUAUUGAACAAAAUAUUGAUUUUUAAUAAAAGUUUUAAAUACAUUUUGUCAUAUACUAUAGUUAUAUUAUAUUUCAGUACAACAAUGAAGCAAUAAUCUUCAUGACAUCCUCAAUAAUCACCUUAGCAACUGGACAUAUCAUUGCUAUAGUCUGCUUUCUGUUAAGCUUAUAUGCCGCCAAUUUAAACCGAGAUAAAGUUUCGUAUCGUACAAGGAGACUUCAACUUCAGUUUUCUAGAAAUUUAAUCGCACAGGUAAGAUAUCAUUUUACUUUUAGACAUGAGAAACGGGCCGGGCCGGGCCCAAUUUUCAAGCCCGGCCCGGCCCGUUUUUUAUUUUGGUCAGGCCCGGCCCGAUCAGAAAAUUCCUAGGCCCGGCACGGCCCGUUUUAAAAAAUUUUAAAAAUUUUGAAACUUAAAAACUAAACGGAAAAUUGGCUUUAAAUUGUUUUUUUAGAUCAUUUAUGGAUCAUAGAACCCAAUAAAAUCUAAAAACAUAAACGGGGAUUGAAAUAAAAAAUUUUAAAAAAUUUAGAAUUUUUUUUUCCAGGCCCGGCUCGACUUUCCAAGGCCCGGCCCGAUCUAAAUUUUGCUCAAGGCCGGCCCGGCCCGUUUCUCAUGUCUAUUUACUUUACUGUAAAUUUUUUUAAUUUUUAUUUAAAAAGUAUUUUAGAGAAAUUGACAAAGCCUGAGUUAAGUUAAGGUUACUCAUAAAACUAUUUAAAGAAUAGUAACUUAGUUUUUACUUAUUUUAGACAAUUGGAAUACUAAUUACAGUAACCACUCCUAUGUUUACGAUACUAGUUGCCAUGUACCGUGAAACAAAAAUACAGUAUCUUGGGUUUUGUAUCUAUGCCCCUUUGGCAUGGCACUCUUGUAUCAGCGCUCUUUUGUCAAUCACCUUCAUAAAAGCCUACCGACAAAAGAUUUUAGAUUUGAUUGGGUUGAAACACAGAUUCUUUCAAGAAACAACUACGUACGUUCAACAGUUUUCAACACAACUAACCAAAAGUAACCAUUAA